AUGUAUUCAAAAGGCUUUGAAAUUUUACAGCAGACAUCAUAUAGUGAAUAAGCAUAAAAAUAAAUUUGGUCAUAAAUUCAAGCAAUUUAAAAUCUUCCUGAUUUGAUAAAUGUGAAUUUUAAAAUAAUUAAAAUUUCAGGAUAGCUUUACUUACAAGUAAUUCUUUGAUUUAAAAACCAAGAUGAAAGGUGAAUUAAUAAAUAUUGGUCCUCAAUCAAUUAUGUUCGAUCUUUAUUUUUAAAUCCAAUACAAAAUGGUUUAAGAUGUAAAAUUAUGA